UACCUAAUUACAAAACUUGUUACUUCUUUCAACCUGGGUAGUCCGUAUUUACCCACAACGCCUACGGGCUCGGAAAGCCCAAAAAUAAAUUUCUCCGGCAUACAGAACUUUAAUGAAGUUCCCGCACUCAUAAAUACUGCAAAAACUUUUCAACUUUCACAAAACUCCGCAUUUAAUUUAGCGUUCCGUAAUCCCAAUCACGCAACCAUUGGGUUUCCACACAAUUUUUAUCGUUUUAGUAAUUUUAAUUACGAAGACUGUUCGAAUUACGCGUCUACAUCCAGUCUAAGCGAACAGGACAAUAUGGAUUUACUUAAUCCCUACAUGCGACAUCACAGCUUUGCCAGUCAAAGUAGUUCACCGGCGGCAAAUCGCAGUCCUCCACUACACCACCUACCAAACUCAGCGCUAACCAAUGGCUUUGUAGAUGCCCAUCAUACAGAUUAUCAAAAUCUGGCAAGUAGAGAACAUUUACUCGAUUAUCACAGCGCCGCAGCUGCUGCAGCUUAUGCCGCCAAUAACAACAAUCUUUCCAGUCCUUUAAUGUUGCUGAAAGCACCAAAACACAGUUUAGAUACAAAAUCUGCACGUUCAACCGAAGAUUCAUCAACACCGCCACCAUUACUCUCAAGCACUGAUACGGUAGCCUUGCGUGUGGCAGAUCAAUCCUCGCUUACUUCAUCCCGCCUACAGUCUGAGUCACCAGAUAAUUGUAAUAAUUCACUAAAUAAUCGGAGUCGUUACGAAAAUUCAAGUCCUGGUGUUGAUAGCUCAAAAUCGUAUCCAGUAAGCCAGCGGAGUAGUGAGGAAGCGGGUAAUAACAGUGAGUCAAGUCCACCACCGCCUGAUUACAGCCCAGAGAAUUUAUCCAGUCGCAAAUAUAAUCACUCCUUACCAACAAACCCAGCCAAUCCAUUGGGUGUACACAACAAUAACAAUAUGCUGGAACAUAAAUUGCCAUUAAGCUUUCUGGGGCCACCGUUGGCAGCUUUACACUCUAUGACCGAAAUGAAGACUGGAAACGCUGGUGCGGGUAAUGGUGUUCUGAACGGUGUUUAUGCAAAUAAUCAGAACAAUCAUUUGAUUAGUGAUAGUCGUGGUAUGUCUGGGGCUAUUUCCACAACCACAACAACUCACACACAAGGUGCAGCUAAUCCGCAUGGCAUUGAUACGAUUCUCUCAAAGCCGCCUCCAGUUACUUCAGCGGGUCUAAGUGCUUUAGCAGGAGGUGGUAUUCCUCGCUUUUCAAUCGCUGCUGCGGCUGCUGGCAUGGCGCAGUAUUUGUCACAAAGCCAGGGUGCGCCUUUAAAAACACAUGCAGGCCAUAUAGUUGAUAGAACGCACUUGUAUUGGCCUGGCUUGCAGGGACUAGUAGCAAAUCCAAUGGCAUGGAGGGAACGUUUAUCCAAUACGAUGUCUGCGAAUCUUUCGCAAUCACAUCAACACCAUCAAUCAAACGAUAAAGACGGCAAGAAGAAACAUACCCGCCCAACUUUUAGUGGUCAACAAAUAUUUGCGCUGGAAAAGACCUUCGAACAGACAAAAUAUCUGGCUGGACCAGAGAGAGCGAAACUAGCGUAUGCCUUAGGAAUGACAGAGUCACAAGUAAAGGUUUGGUUUCAAAAUCGCCGCACCAAAUGGCGUAAGCGGCAUGCAGCUGAAAUGGCAACGGCGAAGCGGAAACAGGACGAUAUGGGUGGGGAUAAUGACGGUGAUUGCAGUGAAGCCAUGGAUAGUGAUAAUGAAAGUCUUGAUAUGGGUGAGAAUCCGGCGCAAGGAAAACGUUGUCGCAUGCAGGAUAAUUACCGUCAUUAAAUAAUAACGAAUUUACCAAGUUUUCAUACAACAAAUUAAAAAAUGUUUUUCUUUUUUAUUGCUAAGCU